CUCACAACCGCCUCCUUAUUUUUAUCCUGCAGCUUCCCAGAAUCAGCGGGUGCCACAUCUCAGCGUUCCCAGCAUCUUCCGUCCAGCCCGAAAUGAUGGGCGUCGCUUGGAUGUGGUGUCGGUGCAGCUGCCACUCUCCGGUGACCCGAUGACUCUGGAGGCUGGUUCUGUUGUUGCUAUGACGUCGGCGUGCGCUACAAUGGAGCUGGCGACACGAGUGGGUUAUAAAAGCCGGGUGGAAGGCGCUCUGGUGCUCCGAGCUCCUUCCGUGCACCGGCUUGACAUCAGGCUGCCCAUGAGGGAGGGCUGUGCAGGGGGGGGAUCAAGAUGCACUUUCGGAGCUUCACACCCAUCGUGUUGGUAUUGAUGACUUUACUGGCUUUGCUGCACGGAGCCAGAAGGACGUACAGUGGGCCAGAAGGACAACACUACUGGCCAAAGCAAUAUCCAUACUGUGGUGGAGCUUUCCAGUCUCCAAUAGACCUCAAGCCGGGGCUGUUAAGGUUUGACCCGACUUUACGCCCCAUCGAGAUUCAAAACUGCAACCUGUCGCCAAAUGAGCAGCUUACACUGGGAAAUAAUGGACAUUCUGUGCAAAUAUCCCUGCCGUCUGAGAUGCACAUCUCCAGCCUGCCUCACCGUUACUCUGCAGCUCAACUUCAUCUGCACUGGGGCUCCUCCGCUAGAGUUGAAGGCUCUGAACACACGGUGAACAGUAAGCAGUAUGCAGCCGAGAUGCACGUUGUGCACUUUAAUUCAGACAAGUAUGCCACUAUGUCCAUGGCUGUGGACAAAUCUGACGGCCUGGCUGUGCUUGGUGUCCUGAUUGAGGUUGGAGAGUUCAAUCCGGCCUUUGAAAAGUUUUUGAGGUUCAUCAAUGGUAUUAAAUACAAGAAUCAGAAAGUGCAGGUGCCGGGAUUCAACAUCAGGGAACUGCUGCCUGCCCGCUUGGAUGAAUAUUACCGCUACGACGGGUCACUGACGACACCCCCUUGCUAUCCCAGUGUCCUGUGGACGGUGUUCCGAAAUCACGUCACAAUAUCUCGCACGCAGUUUUUGGCCCUGGCAACAUCCCUCUACUCUUCUAAUGUCCAAGACUCUGCCCUUGUGUCUCUGAAUGUAAACUACAGGAGAACACAACCACCCGACAACCGAGUUGUGCUGACUUCUUUCAAGCAGGGCAAUGGACUGCAAGGUUCUCUCACAGUUGCAUCUCCACUGAGGAGGAAGCAAAUUGUUCAGCAGCUGAUGGUCGGUGACUUGGCAGACCUGGCUGACGAAGGGCUCUAUCAGCUCCUACCGAGUGGCUCAGAGAAGGUCCCCAGUAAGAAGAAAGACUUCAAGAACCAGGAGAUUGAGACUCCGGCCAAAUCCAAACAACAAACUCUGAAUUCCCCCCUUUGGAGGAAGAGCCAAACCGACGGCCUUGUGGGAAAGUCGGGGCCGGCUGAAGACACUCUGUGCUUUGUUUCUCUGGAGCAGAGAGUCACCCUUCAGCAAAAACAGAUUCAUGCUGAGGAUCAGCUGGUUCAGGCUCUCAGAGAUGCAGCUUUCCCUGAGCUCAACCUCAAGAGCUACCUGGGCUGUAAGUCGGAUUUAGCCCUCCCCACUAUCAGACACAUUCUCCACGGACGGCCUACAGACGAAGCCAAUGAGUUGGAACACUCACUGAAAAGAGCCUUCGAUAAGAGAAAGACAUCCACAGCAAUCAAGAAAAGUGUGCCAGGAACAAAGUACGGCGGUUUCAACACUGCUACUGUUUCCAGGAAACCACAGAGCCAGGGUCAUCCACAUCCUUGGCUUUUGCCAAUGGAGUGGGAAGACUAGAGAGAUUCCUGACGUAGCGGCCACUCAAAUGAUGUUGCAGUCUUCUGUUGUGGGCUCCGAAAUGAAAGAGUCAUUUACAAGCCCCACUCCGAAGUCAUCAUUAUUUUUUGUUUCCAGCACGAGUACGUAAUGAUAAUGUCAUUUCUAACAGAAAUAGUAGCAUGAGCUUUAACAUCUGUGCGCUAUAUAAUAGUACACAAAAUGUCUGGCAUAGAAUUUGCAUCGGGUUCACCGAGCACAGUUCUUAUAGUAUCACCAUCGUGGAGGUCGAGGUUGUUUAAAAUGAAACAGUUGCUGUACAAGGGGGAUUAUUGGCAAUAAAAGCUUUUUGCGAUA